AUGGUGGCGCAUGUGCGGCAGGUCCAGGAUCCCGACAAGGAACUUUUACCGUGGCGAGAAAUGUGCGCCAAGCAGCCAGCGUUUGUCAACGCAGCGGUGGAGCAAGUCGAGCCAGUGGAUCUGUUGGUUGGCGUGCUGACGACAGACGCCAAGUUCGAGAGGCGUAGUGUGAUUCGCGACACGUACAUGCGACAUACAGUGCCAAAGCAUGCGUCAAGUGGGCGCCCGCUCGGCAAUGUACAAGUGAAGUUUAUUCUCGGCCGGCCUCGGAGAGAGUAUGCGGAAAGAGUAGCGAUGGAAAUGGAACUCUAUAACGACAUUGUCGUGCUUGAUAUAAAGGAGACUCAAUGGAGCCGCAAGACGUAUGAGUUCUUCCGCUGGGCCGCAGAGAAUGCCACGGUGCCGGUUCUUGUGCCUGGCAAGCCAACAACACCUUCCAAAAACCUCGUUCGCAUAGGUCAGCAAGCGUACGAGGUACGUUGGAAGCUCGUUGACUAUGUGCUAAAGGCAGAUGACGACGCCUUUAUCGUGCUGAAUGAGCUUGAGCGUCGCUUGCGCGCAUUACCGCGACAUUUAUUACAUUGGGGCUACAAAAUUGCGGACUGGUUUAUGGGUGGCGAAUUGUAUGCACUGUCUUAUGACUUGGUGGAGUUCAUCGCACGGUCUCAGGACAUUGCACGGUGGCCGUCGCUGAAAGAAGACGAACAGGUCGCCCAGUGGCUGCGCUUGCAUCCCCAAGCAAACAAUGUGACAUGGGCUUCAGAGCAUUGCUGGAUCUACGAUCACCCCCGUGCCAAGACGCCGUAUGCACAUGGUUUCCUCUUCCCAAACCUUGUAAAUGCCAUCAAGCAUGAAUACAUACAAGGCCUCUCAGAGGAGGAAAUUGUGCAUCGUGGUGGUGCAAAGCAUGCGUGGUCGUAUUCGACUACGACUAGGUGGGGCAUGCCGUACCGAUCACCGCAACGGGGUAUGUCAAUGGAAGAGUCUGUUGAGGCACUCGUAGAAGGUGGCGGUCGUUGGGACAGGCGAUGGCAUCGCACGACGCAAGAUGUUGAUGCACCGCCUACCAUGCCACAGACUGAAGCGCUGUUAAUGGCCAACACAUCGCGACUCAUAUCUCCGUCUCAUGACCCAGAGUUAGGACUAGCUGUGUACGCACAAGAGGUCCCGACACAUACAAGACUGGAGGGGGUAGGAGCCGCACGGGAAUCACAUGUCUGGGGUCCGCCUAUGUAUGAGUACGCUGAGACGCUGCGAAGUGAGCGAUAUGUCAACGACACGCUGGGCGGCACAGUUGCCGUGCACUUUUUGAAAAAGGAAGCGUGGUUCUAUGAGACGAUGCUGGCGCUUGUAGGCACACGACAUACAUGGCCCCUAGGAAGUGCCGCGAAUGCGUGGCGCAUGUACAACAGUCCUUCCGUCCAGCCAUUCAGUCAAACAUACAGUUGGAUUGCCGUCUCAUAA